UGUACUUUGUCUGUCUGUCUGUAAUAACAUUGGAAAUAUUGAUUCGAUAUAAAUUUUCGCUAUGAGUAAGAGUUGUGAUACCAGAUGUUUCGUCCCUUUUUGCAAGAGUGGUUGUACCACUGUAAGAGAAAAAAAUAAAAAGUUGGGAAUAAAAAAUCCGAGCAGAUUUAGAGCUCCAAAGGAUCCUCUUCUUCUAAAAAAAUGGGCUCUUGCAAUUCGCCGUGGGGAUAAAAUGAUCACACCAUAUGAUGUUGUAUGUGAACUUCAUUUUCAAAAGGAGGACAUAAGAAGAUUUUAUGAAACAAAAUUACCAGAUGGGACAAUAUCACGGUUGAAAAUGGGAGUCCCAAGGCUUCGUGAAGAUGCAAUACCUUCCAUUUUCCCAUAUGGGUCUCAUAAUUUAAAAUCGUCAGAAAAGAAGAAAAAAAGAAGUAAAGGACUUUCAUCUCAAAAAUUUGUUCAAACUACGAAAAGAAAAGAAGUAUCUAAUUUUAAUAACACCAUCACCAUUGUUUCCACAAGCAGUUAUACUUUUGCAGCUUUGAUUGAUAGUCUGCAAUCAAUUUUGAAACCAAAUUCAUUGUGGACCAUUAAUUUUGUGGGUGAAUUUAUUAUAUGUGCUCGCUGGACUCUAAAAUAUACCUGUGUAAAAAGAAUAAUUAUUGAAAAAGAUAUGAGUUUAAAGGUAUUCCUAAGAGAUGUCCAAGUUUACAUUUCAAGGAAACAAAUUACAUGCAUUGAAGAUGUGUCACUUUGUUUAAAAGAAGUUGAAUCUAUAAACAUUAUUAAAAAAUGUUGAAGUUUUCUGCAAAAUAUAGAAGUGAGUUUUUGGAAUCACUUUUUUCAGAUAUUUCUAGUAGAUUUGUGGACUACAAAGUACCAGGCUUUCAUUUAACUAUAAUAAGUAAUAAUGGUCACUGUUGUGGGAUUUCUUGUAGAGUAUAUAAAGUACAAGAUUUACAUGUGGAGUAUGUCAAUCUGUAUACUUUUAAAACAGAAAUAUGUCCAUGGUCGUAAAUAUUAGUGUCUGGUGUGCUAAUUACAUUAAAUCUGAUAUAUUCAAUAGUCAUCAUAUCCAGUGAAUAUAUAGGCUUUUGUGAUAUAACCAUAUAAUGGCUGUUCUUUGAAUUGUUGGAUAUAGCAUGUAACAUCACUUUGCAUUUCAGUUACCCUAUAGCUAUUCAUAGGUAUCAUUACAAGCUCCAGUACCCUCAGUAAUGUUUAGUAACAAAUUUUAGAAGUCUCGAUGUUGUAUUCAGUAAUUGGAAUGAUUAAUGAUACUGAAAACAUUUAGUGCAAGACCUGUAUAGCUUUGCAUCGUGCAUGUUACAUUAAUUCUUUAUUUGUUGCUAUCAAACACAGGUUCAUCCUCAUAGUGCUGUACAUAGAUGUUUGAUUCAUUUGAAAAGAUGAUACAAGUUGUUUACCAAUGCUUAGUAUUCUUAUCAUCUGCAUUUUAGUAGUUGCUAAGACAAUAGUUGGCUUAAAAAAAUCUGCACUGUAACAUUUACAUAAUUCAAACUUUUGCCACCUAGGGUGAUUUAUUUGUGCCCCAUCCAGUGCAUACCAAAAAAUUUAUAAAAUAUCAAAAAAACAUACGGGGGAAUAAAUAACAGCUAAGUACUAUUUUACUUGUUUUUUCUGUUAGCAAAAUCAUCAGUCACAUUAUAGUAGUUUGUUUUAUGUAUGUAGCUGAUAUUGUUAUAAGCAGUGUAGUAAGAUUUCUUAAACACAAGUUACCCAUUUUUAAUUCUUUGAUGGUUCUAAAUUAAUUAAAUUUUGUAGGGCAUUUCAACAUCUCAUGGAUCUUCACCUCAGCAGUUAGAGUGUAUAAAGAUGACUGAAUAUUGAUAAUUCAGUGUGGGGUCAAAUUCCAAAGAAUGGGCUAGCUGCACGAGGGUUUCGAGGUUUAACUAUAGGUAGAUAAUCAAAGUGAGCUUUCCUUAAUCCUAUAAAAUUAUGUUCCACACAAAAAGUUGUGCAGACUAAGAAGGUUGGUCUCAUUUGAUGUGUCUUGGUUUUUGCACAUAGACGUGUGCACCAGUUUUCUAUUUUCCUCUUUACUCAUGUCAUGAGCAUUGCGAACCUUCAUGUGGGGAGAUUCAUCCUUUCUCAAAAAACGCAUCUCAUCAGUAUGCCUUCAUUCUUUAUAACACAAGCAACAGUGUUUUGGGUUAAUAAUUCACCCUCUCGAACCUGUAGUUCUCUGUUACUGCUUGAAAUCUAUUGUGUAUUUUGAUAGGUUUACUUGAUCUUUCCAUGAGCAAAGUUUGUUGAUGAACACAGAGCAUAUUAUUGCACAUAAUUUAUGCAUAUGCUGCACUGUUAAUCAUUUAUGUUUACAUUGAUUGUUUACAUUUACAUUACUCUUGAUUGUUUACAUAUUAUAUAAAUUUUAGAUUAAUUGAAUGCAUUCUCUUGGGUGUUGAACUUUGAAUGGCUAGCAGUAUAGUUAUUAAAAGAUGUUAAGAAAUGAAAAUGUGCAUAAAAAUAAUGUAAAUAUGUAUCAUGUAUAAAGAUCCUAGAAAAGGAAAAUAAUAAUAAAGAAGCACUUUACUAUUACUAAAAUACUGUCUGAUAUAGUCUUGCCUUUUAUAAAGUGGAAUAAUCCUUAUUGUAAUUUUGUUAUUGUUUUUAAGAAUAAAACCAUACAUUUUCUUA